UCUGGCUGGUUCGAUCAAACAUCAUACAGGACUCAUACUUGUAGGUAUUAGUUUUUGAAUUUAAAAAGCAGCUUCAUCGUAGCACAAGAAAUGGGCUGCACUUCCGGUUGCGUUAAGUGUUUUCUUAACACUCUCAAUACUUUAAACGCGCUGUCGGGUCUGUCUCUGAUAGCAAUUGCAACGUUGGCCCUCUCUAAAGCCCCUCUGGCGUACAUUCUGUUUCUAUAUGGCCUUGGUGGCAUCAUCUUCGUUUCGGCUGUUCUGGGAUGCUGUGGAAUCUGCAUGGAGAACGUGUGUAUGACCGCAACGUACGGCUUCUUGCUGUUGGCUCAGCUAAUAAUCAGCUUGCUGGGCAUCUUCCGCUUCAAGUUCACUGAGGAUUACAUAGAGAAGUUCGCCGCCGAGGAGGUUCAGAUGAAAUGGGACCAGGAGCUGGUGGAGCCCGGCGCCAUGGACAUUUACCAGACAGUGUAUGAGUGUUGUGGGCGUGACAGCCCCGACGACUACGUGGCUAUCGGUCGUCAAACCUUGCCGCUCAGCUGCUAUCCCCAGGAGGAUACCCAGAUGCCCCACUAUCUAGCUGGAUGUGUCCAAAAGUCCAGUGAGAACUUUGUGGUGCUCUUCAGCUACGCCCACGAUACCAACUGGAUCGCAGUGGGAAUAACCAUUCUAAUGAUGAUUUCCGCCUUUUACUUGGUCGGAAAAUUCCGAAAGCAUCGCAUUCGCUACGGCUACUAAGGACUUCUUUUGUAAACUUAUAAUUUUAGGGCGCUAAAUUGAGGUUGCAGUAAUCAUGUAUAACGUUUUCGAUGAUCCUCGCAGAAA